AUGCACGCAACCAUCUACACAGGGCUUCUCUGCACCCUAGCAGCACCCGCCAUGGGUGUAGUCUGGGAGAGUCUGACUGCUGGAGUACCAGCCAGUUGGACUCUUCAAGAGACACCCUCAUCAGACUCAACAAUGGCCCUGUCUAUCGCAUUGAGCCGCCAAAAUCUAGACCAACUAGAGUCGACAUUGACGAAGCUGUCAACGCCCGGCGAGGCUGAGUACGGCCAAUGGCUUGAAAAGCACGAGAUCGACGCGCAAUUCCCAGUCGUGGAUGAUUCCUCCGUCGUGCAGUGGCUAAAGAGCGCCGGAAUCUCCAAUUUCGCUCGUGAUGGCGCCCUCCUCAACUUCACGGGUAGUGUUGAGACCGUGAGCGGCCUUCUCAACGCUAGCUUUGCGUACUACCAGAAUGGGGAAUCGAUCAAGUUGCGCACGACGGAGUAUUCCAUCCCGGACGAUCUGACCGAGUAUAUCGAUCUGAUCUCACCGACUGUUUUCUUUGGCAAGACUCGCAGUGCUAUCCCCGUUCCAUCGUCUGCGCAGAGUGCUCAGAUUGAGCGCAGGGCUUCCUCCACGGAGAUCUCCCCCGCUUGUCAGACUUCUAUUACGCCUUCGUGUUUGAAGGAGAUGUAUAACAUUGGUGACUAUACGCCCGAGCCUGCGGCUGGUAGUCGUGUUGCAUUUGGAAGUUUCUUGAAUCAAUCUGCCCAAUACUCUGACCUGGCAGCGUUUGAGUCGAAAUUCGGUAUUCCGUCGCAAAGUUUCACUGUGGAGUUGAUCAACGGUGGCGUGAAUAACCAGAGUGCCAGCAAGAGUGAUAUUGGAGAGGCGAAUCUGGAUGUGCAACUGAUUGUUGCUGUUUCGCAUCCUUUGCCUGUCCAUGAGUUUAUUACUGGCGGUGUUGCGCCUUUUAUUCCGGAUGCCGAUGAGCCUACCGAGGCCGAUGACGAGAACGAGCCCUAUCUGAUUUUCCAUGAGUACUUGCUCUCUAAGACCAAUGCCGAGCUGCCUCAGGUUAUUUCGACCUCAUACGGUGAUGAUGAACAGACCGUCCCUGAGAAGUAUGCCAAACGCGUCUGCAAUCUCAUCGGCCUGAACACCCUACGCGGGCUGACCAUUAUUCAUUCUUCCGGCGACGAAGGUGUCGGCUCAGCUUGCCAGGCCAUCGACGGCGUCACUCCCCAAUUCAACCCAAUCUUCCCUGCCACUUGCCCCUACGUGACGGCAGUAGGAGGCACAUCAGACGUGAGCCCCGAAGUCGCCUGGAACGCCUCGUCCGGCGGAUUCUCCAACUACUUCUCUCGAGCUUGGUACCAGGACUCUGCUGUCAAGACGUACCUGAAGAAACACGUCACAAAAGAAACGAAGGAGUAUUACUCCAAGUACGCCGACUUUGAGGGUCGUGGAUUCCCGGAUGUUUCCGCUCACAGUUUAUACCCUGACUACCAAGUCUUUGCCGCCGGCAAGACUGUCGCCACGGGUGGAACAUCCGCCGCGGCACCUACAUUUGCUGGCAUAGUCGCACUCCUGAAUGAUGCCCGUCUGCGCGCUGGAAAGCCUGUCCUGGGCUUCUUGAACCCGUUCUUGUAUUCGAAGGGUUAUAAGGCGCUGAAUGAUAUCACUGGUGGUGCUUCAUACGGUUGUGGUGGUAUCGAUCCCCAGAGUGAAGCGGCUGUCUCUGGAAGUUUGAUCAUUCCUGGUGCGCAUUGGAAUGCUACUGAAGGGUGGGAUCCGGUUACUGGACUUGGGACACCUAACUUCCAGGAAUUGAAGAAGUUGGUUCUGGCGCUGUGA